AACUUCAGCGUCGUGAGGUAACAUCAGUCCACACGGCUCCAGACAGAGACUCUACCGAGCAGGGGAAUCCAAAGCCGGGGCUCCAAAACUCAGAGGAACAAGUGUUCUGCAGAAAAGUGCGACAAGCUAAGUUGUCAUGGCGGAUGUUGGUGAAGUUUUGAUGUCGGCUUUGUCCACAAUUCGGGUCCCAAAGCCUGGAGAUCGCGUUCACAAAGACGAAUGCGCUUUGUCAUUUUCCUCGCCUGAGAGUGAUGGAGGUCUGUAUAUUUGCAUGAACAGUUUCCUGGGCUUUGGGAGUCAAUAUGUGGACCGCCACCAUACUAGGACUGGUCAGAGACCUUAUCUGCACAUUACUCGCUCUCGCAAGGGCAAGAAGGAAGAUGACAAUAACUCUGGAUCUGGACAUCCACCAAAGAAAAAGCCUACCAGAUUGGCUAUAGGGAUUGAAGGAGGUUUUGAUGUGGAACAGGACCAGUAUGAAGAAGAUGUGAAGGUUGUCAUUUUUCCUGACAGGCAGGAAGUGACAUCAGAGGACCUUGCUACCAUGCCUGAUGUUGUGAGAGAGCGGGUCUCUUUAUCCAUGGCCGGCAUCAUGUCAGCAGACUCAGUGUCUCAUACCCUCCAAGUUCAGCAGUGGGAUGGAGAGGUCAGACAGGAGUCACGGCAUGCCGCUGAUCUUAAACAACUGGACAAUGGUGUCAAGAUCCCACCCAGUGGCUGGCGGUGUGAGGUCUGUGACCUUCAAGAGAAUCUGUGGAUGAAUCUGACAGAUGGAAAAGUGCUGUGUGGUCGUAGAUAUUUUGAUGGCUCUGGGGGUAACAACCAUGCCCUUCUCCACUUCCAAGAGACAGGAUAUCCUCUUGCUGUUAAACUGGGUACUAUCACCCCUGAUGGAGCAGAUGUCUAUUCCUAUGAUGAGGAUGACAUGGUACUGGAUUCCAAAUUACCAGAGCAUCUAGCUCACUUUGGCAUCGACAUGAUGACUAUGGAGAAGACUGAACGGACAAUGACAGAGUUGGAAAUUGCUGUGAACCAGCGUGUGGGGGAGUGGGAGGUGAUCCAGGAAUCAGGAACCACAUUACGGCCUCUAUUUGGCCUUGGCCUGACAGGCAUGAAGAACCUGGGCAACAGCUGCUACCUCAAUUCUGUCAUGCAAGUGCUCUUCACGAUUCCUGACUUCCAGAGCAAGUAUGUUUCUGAUAUAGACAAAAUAUUUGAUGAAGCUCCUAGUGACCCCACCCAGGACUUCAAAACUCAAGUAGCAAAACUUGGCUAUGGUCUGUUGUCAGGAGAAUAUUCUAAACCAGCACCAGACCCCGGAGAUGAAAAUGGUGCAAGUGAACCUCGGGGAGACCAAAUUGGAAUUGCACCACGAAUGUUCAAAGCUCUUGUUGGGCGUGGCCACCCAGAGUUCUCCACAAAUCGACAACAGGAUGCUCAGGAGUUUUUAUUGCACUUCAUAAACAUGGUGGAGAGGAACUGUCGGUCUGGGCCCAACCCAUCUGAAGCUUUUCGAUUUUUGGUGGAAGAGAAGAUUGUAUGUCAACAGUCACAGAAGGCCAAGUAUACACAGCGUGUGGAUUAUAUUGUUCAGCUGCCUGUACCCAUGGACCAGGCCACCAACAAAGAGGAGCUCCAAGAGGCAGAGCGCAGGCGGGAAGAAGCAGACUUGGCUGCAGGCCCUGCCCCUACAGUGCGUGCCAAAAUCCCCUUUGCAGCUUGCAUGGCAGCUCUCAGUGAGCCAGAGGUGCUCACAGACUUCUGGAGCUCGGCUGUGCAGACAAAGACUACUGCUACCAAGACAACUCGCUUUGCCUCCUUCCCUGAUCACCUGGUUAUCCAGAUUAAGAAGUUCACCUUUGGUCUUGACUGGGUUCCAAAAAAACUGGACGUGAGCAUUGAUGUUCCCGAUACUCUGGAUUUGAGUGCGCUACGUGCAACGGGCCAGCAGCCAGGGGAGGAGCUCCUUCCAGAGGUGGCACCACCCCCACUCAUGACCCCAGAUGUAGAGGUUAAAGGUAUCCUGGGUUCCCAUGGCAACGAGGACGACGACUCACUCUACUCUCCACUGCUGUCUCCAGUCCUUGAUGACUCCACUGUGUCCCAGGUAUGUGAGAUGGGAUUUCCAUUGGAAGCCUGCAGGAAAGCAGUGUAUUACACUGGGAACACUGGAAUUGACGCUGCCAUGAACUGGAUAAUGAGCCAUAUGGAUGACCCAGACUUUGCAGCACCGCUAGUGUUGCCAGGCUGCAGCUCUGGUCCAGGGACCACACCCACAGAGAGCCUGUCUGAGGAUCACUUGGCAACCAUCGUCUCCAUGGGAUUCAGUCGAGACCAGGCUACCAAAGCACUUCGAGCCACGAGUAAUGUCUUGGAUCGGGCAGUUGACUGGAUCUUCUCACACCUCGAUGACUUGGAGUCCAUGGAUGUGUCUGAAGGAGGCCGCUCAGCUGCAGAGAGUGAGGGGGGGCGGGAGGCUCCGCCCGGGCCACGUGUCAGGGAUGGAUCAGGCAAGUAUGAGCUGUUUGCAUUCAUCAGUCACAUGGGAACGAGCACAAUGUGUGGCCACUAUGUCUGUCACAUCAAGAAGGACCAGCAGUGGGUCAUAUUCAAUGAUCAGAAGGUGUGUGCUUCAGAAAAACCUCCCAAAGACCUGGGCUACAUCUACUUCUACAGAAGAGUGGCUGAAUGAAACUGAGGAGGAGAAUGUGGACGCUCUCAUAAACCUACAACACUUUUACAGUCACAAUCCAACAAGAUACUGCAAAUUCCCCCACAGUGCUUCACAACUGAAAAUUAUAUAAAACAAAACUGUAGAUAUGCCUCUGACAGCUCGUGUAUUCAGAUAGUUAAACUAAGUGCAAAUGUAAAGAUACGGUUUUGAGAGGUGUUUCUUAAUCCUCCCUGAAUUAUACACAUGGACUUCUUCAAAUAAGCAAGUUUAACAUGACCACUUUGUUGAACAGAAAAAAUCUGGACUAUGCUAUGACAUUUUAUGGAUUUUCCUCAGCAAAUUUAACCAAAUGAUUCAAUAAACCUGCUUCAUGGAA